AGUGUUUGAUUUCGCACUUCUACGGGCUAUUGUUUGAUGUUGGGACCAUGUGGAGGUGUCUCUUGAUUUUUCAGUUGCUUUUUCUGAAAGAAGUUGCUGGUGGUCCUAUACCAAUUUCUGUUGGGAACAGUAGAAAAUCUGUUGAGGACCUGUUGGACAAAGACCAGAAUCCAGAUGAAAUUCUGCAAAUCAAUAACUACAUUUGGAAAAAACAUCCUAGAUUAAUGUUGGAGGGAGACAUUUUAAAAGAGGUUUCAAGACAUGCACUCUCUACACAGUCUAAGAAAUGGCCUAAAACAGGAAAAUGUGUUUAUGUUCCUUAUGUUCUGUCAACUCAGUACAAUGACGAACAACGUAAAAUUCUUUAUGAAGCAUUUGAAAACUUUGCACGUGUGACCUGCAUCAGGUUUAAGAAGCAAGAGGAUGAGACGGACUUCCUUUUCAUUGCCCCAGUCUCUGGAUGCUAUUCCUACAUUGGCCGUAGUGGUGGCAGUCAGCUGGUGUCUCUGGAUUCUGCUUGCAUUCGUUUGGGCCCUGGAGUUGCUCAGCAUGAGCUGAUGCAUGCACUUGGCUUCUACCAUGAACAAACCAGGCCUGAUCGUGACUCUUAUGUGAAAGUCAUCUAUGACAACAUUGACACUGUGUUUGCUGACAACUUCCAGAUACGUGAAGGAAACCUGCAAGGCAUUCCCUAUGAUUAUGCAUCUAUCAUGCACUACAGCAACAAAGCCUUUUCGAAGAAUGGGGAUCCAACAAUGGUGCCUUUUCCCAAUUCAAAUAUAGUAAUUGGGCAAAGGAAAGCAUUCAGUGAUAAUGACAUCCUUCGGAUUAAUCUGUUUUACAACUGUGACAUGAGCCAACUGGGUGCUGCCUGUGAAUUUUACUCUUUUGAUAAUCCCAGCAAAGAGUUGAACAGCCUAGAUGAGACCCUUCUGCUGCCACCUCUUUCAAAAGCAGCUGCUCAUGCUCUUAGGAAUGUUAAAGUAGAGGGCAACAAUUCCAUCUUUUCACUUUUAUCUAAUAUGGAAUUUUCUGAUAUCUUCUCUCCUGCAUUCCCUGGGAGAGAUUCAAGAUCACUUUCUUUAAACACUGGAGAAGCGGAAGAUUUGACGACUAGUCCUAAAACCAGCAUGUAUUGGACAACAGAAGCAAAAUCCUCCAAAGGCAUCUUAUCCACUACCACAGGAGACCCUGCCGAGGUUUCUACUAUCUCAAAAUCUUCAAAUAUAUUGGCCUCGCUGAAUGGAUCGGGUACAGAAGAGCCUACUGUUAGUCCUGAUGUUGGCAAUUUGAUAGCUUCUCUCUCAAAUUCUUCUGACAGUAUAUUGGCCUUGCUCAAUGCAUCAGGUACAGAAGAGCCUACUGUUAGUCCUGAUGUCAGCAAUUUGAUAGCAUCAGUCUCGAAUUCUCCUGGGGAUAUUUCAUCCCCUCCACCUAGAGGUUCAAGGUCAAUCUCUGAUAGUACAGAAGAGCCCAACAUCAGCAAUUUGAUAGCCUCUCUCUCAAAUUCUUCUGACAAUAUCUUGGCGUCUCUCAGUGGAUCGGGUACAGAAGAGCCUACUGUUAGUCCUGAUGUUGGUAAUUUGAUAGCUUCUCUCUCAAAUUCUUCUGACAAUAUCUUGGCGUCUCUCAGUGGAUCGGGUACAGAAGAGCCUACUGUUAGUCCUGAUGUCGGCAAUUUGAUAGCAUCAAUCUCGAAUUCUCCUGGGGAUAUUUUAUCCCCUACACCUAGAGGUUCAAGGUCAAUCUCUGAUAGUACAGAAGAACCCAAUAUCAGCAAUUUGAUAGCCUCUCUCUCAAAUUCUUCUGACAAUAUAUUGGCCUUGCUCAAUGCAUCAGGUACAGAAGAGCCUACUGUUAGUCCUGAUGUCAGCAAUUUGAUAGCAUCAGUCUCGAAUUCUCCUGGGGAUAUUUCAUCCCCUCCACCUAGAGGUUCAAGGUCAAUCUCUGAUAGUACAGAAGAGCCCAACAUCAGCAAUUUGAUAGCCUCUCUCUCAAAUUCUUCAGACAACAUCUUGGCCUUGCUCAGUGGAUCGGGUACAGAAGAGCCUACUGUUAGUCCUGAUGUCAGCAAUUUGAUAGCAUCAGUCUCGAAUUCUCCUGGGGAUAUUUCAUCCCCUCCACCUAGAGGUUCAAGGUCAAUCUCUGAUAGUACAGAAGAGCCCAACAUCAGCAAUUUGAUAGCCUCUCUCUCAAAUUCUUCAGACAACAUCUUGGCCUUGCUCAGUGGAUCGGGUACAGAAGAGCCUACUGUUAGUCCUGAUGUCAGCAAUUUGAUAGCCUCUCUUUCAAAUUCUUCUGACAAUAUCUUGGCGUCUCUCAAUGGAUUAGUUACUGAAGAGCCUACAGAUGUGUCUACGGUUAGUCUUGGUGUCCGUUCUAUGGCUGCUACUUCAAAUUCUUCUGUGAAUAUCCUGGGCGAGAGGUUGUCUGAGGCCCAGUUCCUGCAUUCUUGUAAUUUUGAGUUGAAUCUCUGUGGAUGGAAGCAUUGGCCAAGUGGGGACUUUGACUGGACUCUUUGCCGGGAGAGGCCAGAAGAAUUUGAGAAAAACAGUCUGCCAAAUGGUGAAACCAGCUGUCGAAACUUUGCAGGUCAGUACCUCUACCUUGAACCACCAUUCCUUUUGGAGAGAGUCCAAACUGCUGUCCUGGUCAGUCCAGUUUUCCAAGGCUCCAAAUGCUUUUCCUUCUGGUACAGUGUAUUUGGACAGGGAGUGAAACUACUUGCCAUCCAUCUACAAUAUCUGCAUUCCCCAGACAGCUGGCACAAGUUAUGGUCUGUUGAGAGGUCUAUGACUCGAACAUGGUACUUUGAAAAACUAGACAUCUUGGUGGAUGCAGAUAUAAGAUUCCAGAUUAUUCUUGAGGGGACCCUUUCAAAUGUUACUGGGGAUGCUGCUAUAGAUGACAUAGUAGUGUCUGGCUAUGGAUGUGAGGAGAUUUCUGUCCAUCCCAGUCCUAGUGCAGAGUCUGGCUUGUUCAGCACAAAUUACCCUGCAUUGCCACUUUCUAAUGAUUUGGACCCACUGUUUUGUGACUUUGAAAGCAAUUUCUGUGGAUGGCAACUGUGUUCCCAAGGUGACCUUAACUGGAUAUUGCAUCGUGAAAGAUCACUAGAUACAGUUACCCUGCUGAACACUUCUCUCAGUGGAUGUUCAAUGUUCCAAGGCCAGUACCUUUAUGCUGAAGUAACCACUUCCUAUUUGGGCAAUCGAGCACUCCUAGUCAGCCCACGCUUCCAGGGAUCCAGAUGCAUGUCCUUCUGGUACAGUAUGUUUGGCAAUGAGUUUGGGUCACUUAAUGUGUAUAUCCAGUAUGCAAAAUCCCCAGACACCUGGAACAAAGUGUGGGUCUCAAAGGGCAGCAACAGUCGGAAGUGGUAUUUGGCAGAACUGGAUUUGUUCAUUCAGCCCCAUGAAGUUUUCCAGAUCAUUCUGGAAUGGACCACCGAAGGGUGCUGCGGCAAUGUUGCAGUUGAUGAUCUGUUUGUCAAUCGCCAUCGUUGUGAUGUGAAGACGAGACAUGAGCCAUGCAAAGAAAAAGAAAAUGAGAUUGAAUCCAAUGAAGUUGGAUAUGAGAUGGGGUAAUGUGUUGCAUGGAAGAGGUCCGAGUUAUAAUAGGGGUAGCUGACUUCUGAACAAGCUGGAGUUUAUGGAGAAGCCAACAUGAGCAGAAUUACAAUAAUCAAUGAGGAAAGGGACCAAUGCAGGAGUAAGGAUGGUGGUGCUAUUUAGGGUGAGCGAAGGUCACAGGUGUUCAAUGCUAUUGGGGUGGGGGAAAGAUGACCAUGUAAUGUUAUUGAUAUGGAAUUCAAGAGACGGAGUACUAGCAAAGAGAACCCCUACAUUCUUAACCUGAGGAGAGGGAUAGACUGAUGCACCGUUUAAUGUUAAGUGAAAAAGUAUUAGAUUUUGAUAAACCAGACUUGGAGCCAAUGAGCAGAGCCUCCGUCUUAUGUCAAUUGAGUUGGAGGAAAUUCAAAGAAACUAAAGAUUUUUUUUUUCCACAAAUA